AUACAGAGACCAGGAAAUGACGGAUUCCGAGAGAUUCCAAAACAGAGGGGCGCUGGCCCUGUUGUGCGCGCUCCUGGGGACGUUGUGCAAGAUGGGAUCCCGGCAGGUCCGCUACUCUGUGCCUGAGGAGCUGGACAAAGGCUCCUUCGUGGGCAACAUAGCUGAGAACUUAAGGCUGGAACCGCAGCAGCUGGCGGGGCACGGAGUCCGCAUCAUCUCCCAAGGUAGGACGCAGCUCUUUGCUUUGCACCCGCGCAGCGGCAGCUUGGUCACCGCAGGCAGGAUCGACCGCGAGGAGCUCUGCGCUCAGAGCGCGCAGUGUCUGGUCAAAUUUAACAUCCUGGUGGAAGACAAGUUGAAAAUCUUUGAAGUAGAAGUAGAAGUCACAGAUAUUAACGAUAAUGCUCCUGACUUCCUGACAAAGGAUAUGGAAAUAAAAAUUGGGGAACACACGUCUCCUGGCACGCGCUUUCCGCUUAAGACUGCCUUUGAUCCAGACGUGGGCAUCAACUCCCUGCAGAGCUACCAGCUAAGUCAUAGCGACUUCUUCUCCCUGGCGAUGAAGAGCGUCUCUGAUGGAACCAAGUACCCACAGUUGGUGCUGGAGCGAGCUCUGGACCGCGAGGACAAAGAACUUCACCAGGUUGUUCUGGUGGCUUCUGAUGCAGGUGAACCUGUUCAUUCUGGCAACCUGUACAUCCAAGUGGUAGUUCUGGAUGCAAAUGACAACCCGCCUGUGUUUACUCAGCCAGAGUAUCGAGUAAGUGUUCAGGAGAAGUUGCCAGUGGGCACCAGGCUGCUCACUGUCAAUGCCACUGACCCUGAUGAGGGCUUCAAUGCUCAGGUAUCCUAUGUACUAGACAAGAUGCCUGGGAAAAUUGCUCAGAUGUUUUCUCUCAAUUCGGUAACUGGAGAUAUAUCAUUACUAAGAAAUCUGGACUAUGAGGAUGCUAUGUUCCAUGAAAUUAAAAUUGAAGCAGUAGAUGGACCAGGACUCCUUUCAGAAGCUAAGAUUCUAGUCACAGUUCUGGAUGUGAAUGACAAUGCCCCAGAAGUUACAAUCACUUCUCUCACAGGGUCAGUCCCAGAAGAAACUACUCCUGGAAGAGAAGUUGCCCUUAUACAUGUGCAUGACCGAGACUCCGGACAAAAUGGACAAGUCACAGUUUCUGUCCUGGGAAACAUGCCUUUUAAUUUAGAAAAAUCAAUAGGCCAGUAUUACCGCUUGGUGACAGCCAGAUCCCUGGACCGAGAACAAGUUCCCAAAUAUAACAUCACACUGAGAGCCACAGAUGGAGGAAUUCCACCACAGACCACAGACACUCACAUCUCCCUGCAGGUGACAGACACCAAUGACAACCCACCUGCCUUCACACAUGCCUCCUACUCUGCCUUCAUUCAGGAAAACAACCCCAGGGGGGCUUCCAUCUUCUGUGUGACUGCCCAGGACCCUGACAGCACUGAGAAUGCCCAAGUCACCUAUGCUCUGACUGAGGAGACUGUCCAAGGGUCACCUCUCUCCACUUAUGUCUCCAUCAACUCUGACACCGGAGUCUUGUAUGCACUGCACUCCUUUGAUUAUGAACAGGUUAGAGACCUGCAGCUACAGGUGACAGCCUGUGACAAUGGGAAGCCUCCACUCAGCAGCAAUGUGUCCCUGAGGCUUUUCAUUCUGGACCAGAAUGACAAUGUUCCUGAGAUCUUGUACCCCACCCUCCCCACUGAUGGUUCCACAGGAGUGGAGCUGGCACCCCGCUCUGCAGAGCCUGGAUACCUGGUGACCAAGGUGGUGGCAGUGGACAGAGACUCAGGCCAGAAUGCCUGGCUGUCCUACCGCCUGCUCAAGGCCAGUGAGCCAGGGCUCUUCUCAGUGGGGCUGCACACAGGUGAGGUGCACACUGCCAGGGCCCUGCUGGACAGAGAUGCUCUCAAGCAGAGCCUGGUGGUGGCAGUGCAGGACCAUGGCCAGCCCCCUCUCUCAGCCACUGUCACACUCACUGUGGCCAUAGCUGACAGCAUCCCAGAUGUGCUGGCUGACCUGGGCAGCCUGGAGUCUCCUGCCAGUCCUGGAGAUUCUGACCUCACACUCUACCUGGUGGUGGCAGUGGCCGUGGUCUCCUGUGUCUUCCUUGCCUUUGUCAUCGUGCUGCUGGCUGUCAGGCUGAGGCGCUGGCACACAUCCCGCCUGCUCCAGGCUUCAGCAGGUGAACUGGCUGGCCUUCCUGCCUCUCACUUUGUGGGUGUGGAUGGGGUGCAGGCUUUCCUGCAGACCUAUUCCCAUGAGGUGUCCCUCACUGCAGACUCCAGGAAGAGUCACCUGAUCUUCCCCCAGCCCAACUAUGCUGACACCCUCAUCAGCCAGGACAGUUGUAAGAAAAGGGAAUUUCUGUCAAACCCUCAAUCUCUACUUGAAGAUAAAGGAGCAGAACCAUUUUCUCAGGUAAAUUCUCAUCACAGUAUACUUAUGAGAUAAUUUCUAAACAAAAUAAAAUUACCUAUUAAUUGUAUAUGCUUUUUACAUUUUCCCAUUUUUACUUGUGGGAAUGAAUUCAGCAUUUAAAAAUGUUUUCUGGUGAUACAUUUCUUUAUACUGUAAUAUCAAUAAAUAUGUUCAGCUAUGGUUGGAGGGUAUAAACCACUGUAAUGAACAACAUCAGUAAUUAGAUUGUUUAAGAUUUGUUUAUGUGACAAAAAGAGCACUGUACCAGAAACUGGAGUAUCUUACUUCUCAAGUAUUGUUUUCAUAUCUGGAAAAAUCUUCUCAUCUAUUUUCCUGGGUCAGCAAUUCUUUCUCUCUGAAAAAUAUAAAGGUUGAAUUUUAUUUAUUCAAAUUACUUAGUUUUAAAUUAAAGUUUAUACUUCAUUUUCAUAUUGUUUAUAGUUAAUAAUUACUAAAUCUUAAUAAUUUCCUUCAUUUUGUUAGUGAGGUGCUUAGUUUUAUUCUAUUUGCAGAGUUUCCUUUUUAAGAUUCAAGUUUAGAAAAAUAUUUACAUUAUUAUACUGUACAAAGUUCUGUAAUGGAAUCUCUGCUUAGUGAGAAAAUUUUAUUAAUUUGUAAUUUUGUGUUCCUGGACUGAUAAAGUUAACACUGCUCUUUAAUAAA